AUGGUGUAUCUCAUCCGCGACGGGGUCCGCUUGUACUAUGAAGUCCACGGUAGCGGGACGCCUCUCCUCCUGACGCACGGGUACUCGUCCACCUCGGCCAUGUGGGCAGGCCAGGUCGCCGCGCUGUCCAAGCGGUUCAAGCUGAUCCUGUGGGAUAUGCGCGGGCACGGCGCGUCAGACUACCCGACCGACCAGGCGGCAUACAGCGAAGCCCACACGGUGGACGACAUGGCGGCGGUUCUCGAUGCGGUCGUCGGGCGCGGUGCCGGCGGCACAGCCAUUGUCGGCGGCCUGUCCCUCGGCGGAUACAUGUCGCUGGCGUUUUACCGCGUGUACCCACAGCGGGUGCGGGCGUUGCUCAUCAUCGACACAGGCCCGGGGUUCAAGAAGGACGCAGCGCGCGACGAAUGGAACAGGACGGCGCACGCCACGGCGAAGAAGUUUGAGACCGACGGCCUCGCCGUGCUGCAGGGCCUGAGCGCCGAGCGCGCCACCGUCACCCACCGCGACGCAAGGGGCCUGGCCCUCGCGGCCCGCGGCAUGCUCGCCCAGCGCGACUCAAAGGUCAUCGAUUCGCUGCCUGCCGUGCGCGUGCCGAGUCUGGUCGUCGUGGGCGCAGAUGACACCCCCUUCCUCGUCGCCAGCGAGUACAUGGCCAAGAAAAUCCCCGGGGCGAGGAAAGUCGUGGUGCCCGAUGCAGGGCACGCCGUCAACAUCGACCAACCUGAAAAGUUCUUGGAGGCGGUCCUGCCGUUCUUGGACGAGGUCGAACGCCGUGGUGGGAAGCCGAGAGCGUCACUUUGA